CUGGUAGGUUCCACAAUGGUACAGGCAGCAUCACGCCGCACAAUGGUUUCCAGGCAGUGAAAGGGGGUGAUUCAGCAAGCUGCUCGUCUCUUUUAAAACCUCCCCGUUCCUUUUGCUUUUUAUGGGGGUGGGCGGUGCUUCUUAUAUGCAUACCUUUUUCUUUUCUUUUUGCAUUUUUACAAAUUCUUUUUCUCCUCUUCCCUUAGUUGGUAGGGGCUUGAGUGAGUUUCAGAUUGGGUCUUCUCCGAGAUCACCUGCCUACCAUUAAUUUUAAACAGUCUCCCCACCUCCAAGGAACCGCUUCCUUGUUGCAGUUUGGGAUGCGGUUUAUGAUAACCGAGUGAGGAGGAUUUCUGGGGCAAACCCUGCCGGAUCAGGACUGUAGUUAUCAGGCACGGAAUGGCUAGCGUGAGAAAUAUCAACAGCAGGACCACCUCAGAUCUUGGUUAUGGCAAUGCAUGCAAGAAGCUGUUGAACUAGACCCAUUUCCUAUAGAUGACAAACUAUACCAGCAGUGGUAUUUAUGAGCCUCCAUUUCUUAUACUACUGCAGUGAACCAACCUUGGAUGUGAAAAUUGCCUUUUGUCAGGGAUUCGACAAACAAGUGGAUGUGUCAUAUAUUGCCAAACAUUACAACAUGAGCAAAAGCAAAGUGGACAACCAGUUCUACAGUGUGGAAGUGGGAGACUCGACCUUCACGGUUCUCAAGCGCUACCAGAAUCUAAAGCCUAUUGGUUCUGGGGCUCAGGGGAUCGUGUGUGCUGCGUAUGAUGCUGUCCUGGACAGAAAUGUGGCCAUUAAGAAGCUCAGCAGACCCUUUCAGAACCAAACUCAUGCCAAGAGAGCCUACCGGGAACUGGUCCUUAUGAAGUGUGUGAACCACAAAAAUAUUAUUAGCUUAUUAAAUGUCUUCACACCUCAGAAAACGCUGGAGGAGUUCCAGGACGUUUACUUAGUAAUGGAACUGAUGGACGCCAACCUGUGUCAGGUGAUUCAGAUGGAAUUGGACCAUGAGCGGAUGUCCUACCUGCUAUACCAGAUGUUGUGUGGCAUCAAACAUCUGCACUCCGCUGGAAUUAUUCACAGGGAUUUAAAACCGAGUAACAUUGUAGUCAAGUCCGAUUGCACAUUGAAAAUCCUGGACUUCGGAUUGGCCAGGACAGCAGGCACGAGCUUCAUGAUGACGCCGUACGUGGUGACACGUUAUUACAGAGCCCCCGAGGUCAUCCUGGGAAUGGGCUACAAGGAGAACGUUGACAUGUGGUCAGUAGGGUGCAUCAUGGGAGAAAUGAUAAAAGGUGCAGUGCUGUUUCCUGGCACUGAUCAUAUUGACCAGUGGAAUAAAGUCAUUGAACAACUAGGAACACCAUGUCCAGAAUUCAUGAAGAAACUGCAGCCCACAGUAAGAAACUACGUGGAGAAUCGGCCAAAGUAUGCUGGGCUCACCUUUCCCAAGCUCUUCCCAGAUUCCCUCUUCCCAGCGGACUCUGAGCACAAUAAACUCAAAGCCAGCCAAGCCAGGGAUUUGUUGUCAAAGAUGCUAGUGAUUGACCCAGCAAAGAGGAUAUCUGUGGAUGACGCCUUGCAGCACCCCUAUAUCAAUGUUUGGUACGACCCUGCCGAGGUGGAGGCGCCCCCACCUCAGAUUUAUGACAAACAGCUGGAUGAAAGAGAACACACCAUUGAAGAGUGGAAAGAACUUAUUUACAAGGAAGUAAUGAAUUCAGAAGAAAAGACUAAAAACGGUGUAGUAAAAGGACAGCCUUCCCCUUCAGGUGCAGCAGUGAACAGCAGUGAGAGUCUCCCUCCAUCUUCGUCUGUCAACGACAUCUCCUCCAUGUCCACCGACCAGACCCUGGCGUCCGACACUGACAGCAGCUUGGAAGCUUCAGCAGGACCCCUGGGUUGUUGCAGGUGACUAGCCGCCUGCUUGCGAAACCCAGCGUUCUUCAGGAGAUGAGGGGAUGGAACACACACACACACACACACACACAUGUAGACACACAUGCUGAGAAAUCAGCAAAGGAGAGAACCCAAGCCUACAAUGGAAACCAAUCUUUUAGCCUGCUUCUUCUCCAAAGUUCUGUAUUGUACCUAAGCUCAAAUGUAUAUUUAACUUCUAGUUGCUCUUGCUUUGGUCUCCUUCCAACGAUGCUUACUACAGAGAGCAAAUCAAACCCAAAUUAGAGAAGCCUUUUCCAUAAAGUGUCAUUUAAAUGGCUGCAAAACCAGCAACCUGUACCUGCCCUUUGGAAUGGCCUGUCGAGGUGUGCAGUGGCCCUAUCAAGCAUGUGUGUGUCUCUAUCUUGCAUCUACCUGCUCCUUUGGCCUAGUCAGAUGGAUGUAGAUACAGAUCCGCAUGUGUCUGUAUUCAGACAGCUCUACUUAGAGAUGCUGCUGUCAGUGUCCUCAGGGCUCUACCGAGACAUCGUGCACUGGGGCACCACAUGGUCCAUUUCACGUGAUCUAUUACCCUGACAUAAAUCCAUCUGUAAUAUAUUGCCAGUAUAUAAGCUGUUUAGUUUGUUAAUUGAUUAAGCUGUACGUCUUAUAAGAAUACAUGUUAAAGGGAGAAACCUGGGGGGCGUGAGCUCUCAGACCUUGAAGAUGUAGCUUCCAAAUUUGAACUGAUUAAAUCGCACCUGUAUACCAAUUUUAGAAAGAACAUAUGUGAUACUUAUGUACAGUGUGUGUGGGGUGGGGGGAGCUCUCAGGCGCUAACUGGGUCGGCCUUGGGCAUGAAGGUGUGAACAGUGGCGGACUAGAGAGUGGUGCUGCAGUGUGGACUAAACAGAGAGGAGACAAUUGCACAGAGGCCAGGAGACACUGACACCUGUAUUUUAAAGAGCAGAGUCCAUUUGUCAUUUCUAAAUUCCAUGUCACAGCAGGAGGCUACUGGAGAGAGGGUGCAGGGGAGGAGGGUUGCUGUGUCAACAUUUGACAGUGAGAAUCCUUAACAUGCCAGUUCCUUACCUACCUGAGUGGCUCAGACAGUGGGUUGCUUUUUCCAGUGUGGGGUGCUUCUCAGGUUCAUGGCCUGCCGUGGUUCUAUUCUGAGAAGAAACAUUGCUUCCCUCUUCUAGAACAAAGCCAAAUUAAUGAAUUUAAAGGAAGCCCCCAAAGCACAUCUCCAAAGACAGCCUUGUUCCUCGGGAGUUGCCCUGACUCUUUCAGAUGACUGCCGUUUCCUGUUUGUUUAUUUAUUUCAUAAAUUUUAACAAUCUAAGAAGGGCUGAAAGUCUGAAUUUUGUGCUACAGUGGAUGUGAGAGCAAUAACUGUGCCCCUAAGUUACUGUUGCGAAACCAAUCGCGUUAGCAAUAUGAAUUUGUCUUAAAGCCAUGAAGCGUUAAUGUCAAGGUUUAGUGAAAUCACCUGAAUUUAACUUAUAUCAAAUGAAAAUGCUUUCUUGGGCACUUCAGAAGGGAUUGUGGAGCAUGGAGGUUUUCAGAUAGGGCCAUCCAAGCAGGACUUCUCAGCAAUAACUGCCUCCGGCUAGGCUUCCCUUCUUACUCACUUUGGUGAAGUAUCUAUCACCGAUAUUUGCACUCCAGCCCCCUUGGUGCUCGCCAGUGUGGUGGUACUCACCCGGGGAAGAAGUAAAACACACAGAAGGGACUGUUGGUGAGUGUGGUGUGAUCAGGACGUGGGAACGCUUCUGAAAUAAAGCAAACAAGAAUGCCAGUGCUCCGAAAACUGCCUUAAAUCCAACAGCAGGGAUGCUCCAUCUGUUUCGAAGCAAUAGAGUCCGCAGGGAACUGCACCCACUCCCACCUCAGCUUGAGCAGCCACUGUUUGGGGAUCGCUUCACACAGUAGGGUUCAUUGCAAGAGGUGGCUUGUUUAGAAUGCAGAGAACACAUUGUUCAGCUUGUCCCCUGGAAUAAAAAUACCCCACUCUCUCUCUUGCUGCCAUUCUUUUCGGUGAAUAUUUCAGACUUUAAAAGCUGCCUCCUCCUUCACAUGUCUCUUCUCCCUUUUCCUUGUGUCAUAGUUCAGGUUUUUGAACUUCCCUUCUCUGUACCACUAUUCUCUCUUUUCUCUGUACACUGCUCUUGACAUAUCUGUGGCCUCUCCACUCCUCUCCCCUGCACUGCUUUGUACCAUACAGGGCUAAGUGCAGCAGUCAGGCAGCAGCUUGAAAGGCAUCUAAGGGGAAUUUCGUGAGCUGCGUGAGGACAAGAGGCAGAAGGAAUCUCCAAAGCAUCUUGGAAACGUUUGACAGUCAGGAUGUCUCUCAUGUCUGCUAACCUGGUCGUUACUUUUCUGAGUAGACCGGUCAAGAACUACACAAUUCCAGGUCCUAGCUGUUGGCACCUUCCCUGGGCCCUGGUCCUCAUCUAUUUCCUUCUGUAUUGCUCUUGUUGGCUGGUUGCCUUUAGUCAGAGGUCCCCUAUGGACAGGAAAAAAAAAAAAAAAAAAAAAAAAAGAAAAGAAAAGAAAAGAAAAAAAGAAACAAAUCUCUUGGAGUUACAUAGCAUUUACAAAAAGAGGUAAGAAUUUGAACUGCACUGGGAGAUGGGAUGACCAAGAGAAUUACUACUUAAAAAUCCCAUUGUUCUUCACGCCCUUAGGUGCCCUUUGUUAUAAUAACUUUGAAAAAUGGUUAUGAUAAAAUUCAGAAUGAAUUAUGUCCAGCAUUGAAUCUUCUUAAGAAGCAAAACCACCAAAAUAUUUCCUAUAUAGUUACUUGUUAUUUCCAAAGGAUGUUCUUUCACUUUGGGCAGAAAUGGUAAGUCACCCAGACCACAUUUCUGAGAAAGGGGAAGGCUCUGCUUCUGGUGGGGCUCACUUUGUACUAUGAGUUAGCACUCCAAGGAGUUUAACCUUCUGUCCUCUCCACAGGCCGUUGGCUUCAUGGUGACCCUUGACAAAAUGUUCUGUAGUUUUCCCCAGAAGGGAUGGGUGUGUAUUCAUGCAUGUGCAGGAACAAGUAAAUUAUGAGAACUUAGCAAAACCAACACCAGUGUAGAUAUGUCAUUGCUAUUUUUAUAUGUGUUGUGUGGACCAGUAUGGUCAUUUUUACAGAGGGAUGCAUUGGCCUUCCAACAAAAUUUCUUCUUGUGGAAUAAAAACUGAAAAUAUGUCAUCUUUAAGAAUCAAAUGUUUGGGCUUUCUAGAAGGUAGGUAGCUCCCAGUUGGUCCGGGGCCAGGCCAAUUCCCACCCAUUGGAGGAAGAUAUUUAAUGCAUGGCAGAGAAGUAGGAUAGUUUCCCUCAAACUUUUAUCAUUAUCAGAAAAAUAUUAUCUAAAGAUAAUGAUCACUAUGGAGUGGCAGAUUAGAAAAUUGGUCUUGGCAAA